AUGGCUGAUCUACCGAUGUCCCCCACAAAGAAGACGGGGAUUUCCGGCAAAGGCAGGGACAAGGAGCCAAUGAUAAGUACAGUUGGUGUCAGCUCCAAAGAUCUGGUGGGUUUGCCGAUUUCUACACCUGGCGCCAUCAGCCGUGCCGAGUCCGGUUCUUCUCAAAAGCAUGCUAAAUCGGCAGCGUCAGAUACGAACAACAAGACAAAUGGACCAAAAUCUUCAGCUUUGAACAAAGCCGCUGCGAUAAUCCUCACGACAGAUGAAACGUUACGGAAACCCAGCAAAAGCCUUUCUACGGCAAAUUUCAAGGUGAUAGAAGAACAUGUGACAGCAGAUAAGACGUCUACGAUGACUCUUUUCAACGAUGUUUCUCAAAAUAUCGCACCCCAGACUCCAAUGGUGGAUGAGGCCGCUUCCCUUUAUACACAUUCGAUCAGUGACGCCACUUUUUUGGGGCACAACGGGGAUGCGCAUGGCAAGAAGAAUGCAAAUUUGAGCGAUGAAGAGGAAGAGUUUGUGUAUGAAGGUGUCUCUUCAACUCCUCUUUAUAAUGGCGGUCAGAACAGCUCAUACACUAACAUGUUGUUUAUUGAGAACAAUGACAGGCCGUUUCUUAUGCGAAAGGCUUCAGUCCGGUCUACUGCGGGAUCGGUUCCAGUCGCGGGAUUGGGAUUGGCUCCGUUGUCUAGCAUGCAAAAGGCAAGACAGGGCUCCAGGGUGGUUGGUGACAACGAGUCAAUUGCGAGUCAGAAUCCUCUUCACAUGAAUGUGGAGCUUCUGAAUCAUCAGAAAAGAUUGUUGAAUGUUAUGGCAGCCAAUAAUACGAAUACUUCCAAUGGGAAUAAGAGAUUGCCAAACAUAAUCCUCAAUCAUGGUAACGCGCAUAGAAACGCUUCAAAGGCUGGAAGCGUGAUCAACAAUGGGCCCUCUGAGGAUAACGGUGAUGUCAUGGAUGACGACGGUUGUCUUUCUGACAAUGGUUCUUAUUCUGUCUCAGGAUUGUCACCUGUACAGCAGAGGUACUUGCCCAGUACCGGUGACCAGCCCAGGGACGGCAGAUUGGAGAAAUACGCUUUGAUGUCUAACUAUUCAAACUACAACGGUGAUGAUUCAUCUAUUCGCACACCACGGGCUGCUGCCAAGACGCUAAUUGUUUCUCAGGUGCGAAAAGUCUCUGACAAACUGUUCAACUCACGUCCUCAUGACUAUAGAAGGCGGCGCUUGUCUCUGGAGUCUGUGGAAAGUUACACCGAGGCGUUUGAAGAGGAUCCCAUUCUGGAUUUCCAUGCUGGACCAGAUGAUCGUUAUAGAACGUUCUAUGAGAACUAUGGAUCUACCAAUAAUGAACAUUACCCUGGGGCCCAAUACGGUGACCCCGAAUCAUGGCAUAGUGCGAAGAAGUACUCGUCCUAUUCAGACUUCCAAAACCCUCCGCGACAUGUUCAGUUUCCUUCUGGUUAUAACUACAGAAACUAUACGAAUCCGCACGAUUAUAGAACGUCAAAGGCUACCAAGAACAUGGCUUUGAAGAUCCUCUUUCUUCUGCUCAGACUGGGCCUUUUCAGUUUGAUGGUGCUUGCAUUUGCCAGUGCAUUUUUCAUGAAAAACAUGGAUAAUCCUCUUCUGGAUUUCAACGUGAACAAGCUCAGUAAGCUGAUCGUCACCGAGGAGAUGCUGGUGUUUGACAUCAACACAAUGUCGAGAAACGUCAACUUGCAAGAUGUCACUAUAACUGAGUCCAAUCUGGACAUAUUCAUACAAACUGCAUUUCUGGAUGAUGAAGAUCCCACUCACGUUUCUGCCAAGGCAGAUACAACGAUCUUGCUGGGAAAUAUCAAUUCGUUUGUGAUUCCUUUGAAGUUCACAGGAUUGAUUAACCAUAGUCCCUACGAAGGGAUAGAGGCUGAACCCUUGUCCAGUUCCAAGACCACGCCGUUACCCCCAUUAUCUAAUAGCAUCAAGUCUCAAUUCAUCUCGGUAUGGUACUACAUGAACCACCGGAACCUGGUUGGGUUCUCCAAAAGUGUGGCUCAGAUCAGACUGGCGAGUCCACCCGGAUAUUACGAUGCUUUGUUGGCCAAUGCUCUUGGAAAUGACGGUGAUCGCGUAUUGGCAGAUGGAACUGUCUCUAAUGGGAAAUGGAGAAGGGUGAUAAAUAAUCCCUUUACGUUGAUUGUGAGAGGCUCGUUGAGCUACAAGUUGCCGUUCAAGAGCUCUACCGAUAUCAUCAGCGUUUCCAAGAGCUCCAAGUUCGGACCCGAGGAUAAUACAGGCUAUCAGUAG